GUAGCGUUGUGCAUCUCCCUAUUCAUCUCUGCCUAAAACCGUAGCGUUUUGCAUCUUCCUACUCAACUCUGAUAAAGUGGCGGCCGUAGCCCAGUAGAUAGGAUAGCGAAUUCACGACCAAAAGGUUGGAGGUUCGCACCCAGCUUCCAGCGGCAUUCACCAAUGGGUUUUCAUAUGAAAACUUAAAUGAGUAUUUAUACGGAUUUCGCCCAACACUGUUCGGAUUCGGUGUAUAAACUUUGUAGGUCCCCUCCUGCUGAGUUGAAUAAGGCCCGUCUCGCAAGGUACAUCGCCAUCUAUUGUCGAACUUCCAACCUUGAUUUUUAGGACCAGUUACUGGCACAUGUCCCCCAUUGGGGAUUCAGCCAUAAGGAAAGGAAGGAAGGAUCUCCCUAUUCAUCUUUGUUUCAAUCCUCUUCUAUCAGAUAAAAGCGACAAAAUGCGUACAAUUGUGGCAUUGGUCACAGUGCCACUAUUUAUUGGAUUUGCUGCAGUAAUUGCAUCAACACCUCCAUCGCUAAAUCCCAUAGUUUAUAUAGGCACAUAUGAUAAACUUUACAAUUUGACUGUCAAUAGCACUGUAGAAUAUGUUUUGUUAUAUAUGGAAGAUAAUGAAUCUUCAACGGGAGCACGUAUCAAUGUGCAAAGCUUUGCAACCAAUGAUCUUCCGUUAAUUGUGGUGGUUCGCCAAAAAAAGGGAAUUUUGUCUUGGCAAUUGCCACUGCUAGUACAAAAUAUUCAUACCAAAACACUAGAGUACAAUAAAACUGCCCGAACACUGUGUCCUACAAAGUAUUAUCAAUAUGGUCUAUCAAACCAGACAGAAUUUGUGACAGUUAGCAUUUCUACUGCAAGCAUUAGCAACAUCUCUUUUAAUUUAAAUGUCUCUCAUGUGGAAGAUUUUUAUAUCGGACUCGGAGAAGAGAGAAAAGUUGUAAUAUCUCCAGCAGAGCCCAUAUACUAUGGAUAUACGUUUUCUGAUGAUGUAGAAAGCUCAUCCGUUGUAGUACAAUUUGAAUCUGAUAGUGAUGUCUGUAUGACAGUUUCCAUACAGAACACAACAUGUCCUGUGUUUGAUUUGGAACGAAAUAUUCAGUUCUCUGGAUACUGGCAAACUGUCAGUCGAAAAGGUGGAAUCACUGUACCGAAAGAUGCAUAUCCAUCUGGAUUCUUUGUGGUGCUAGUCGUGAAAGGCGAUGAUACUGAUUGUACUGGAGUCACAUCGUUAUUUACCUCCCGCCACAAAAAUGUUACAUUAACUAUUAAACCCAGCAUCACCAAAAAAGAUUACAUAGUAGCAUCAUCCAUAGUCUUAUCAAUGUUUAUGGGCUUCUGUAUAUUCUAUAUAAUCGGAAUUGCAGUUUUUCAAAUUAGGGAAGGUCGAAAAUUACGAGAGCAACUCUUGAGUGAGCAUGACGAUCAAGAUGGGAAUGAGCACAUAUAUAGUCCAUCAGUUACAGAGACUGGUCCUAGUCAGUGGCCUUCGGUAGAUGAAGAUUCCUCGCUAGAUGAAGACGAUAUUGAUAUACUAGAAGAUGCCUUUGUUGAUAAAGAAGUUAUCCGUACAAAACUUGUUUUAUCAGUUUGUGAUUUGGCUAGGAAAGAUCCAAAAAUCUUAAGGCAUAAGUCACACUUGUAUCUCUACUAUUUACUCACCGUUACGGUGUUCUAUACUUUACCAGUGGUCCAAUUAGUUAUCACGUAUCAGCGUGUUUUACACGUCACAGGAAAUCAAGAUUUAUGCUAUUAUAAUUUCCUAUGCGCCCAUCCAUUGGGGGUACUGUCAGACUUCAAUCAUGUCUUCUCAAAUUUUGGCUAUGUUCUACUGGGUAUGUUAUUUAUACUGAUAACGUAUGCAAAAGAUAAAGCGGAACGUAACGUAGAGAGGAACAAAAGUUACGGAAUACCACAGCACUAUGGAUUGUUUUAUGCUAUGGGAAUAGCACUUAUGAUGGAAGGAAUUUUAUCAGGAAGUUAUCACGUAUGCCCAAAUCAUAGCAACUUCCAAUUCGACACAAGUUUUAUGUACAUCAUAGCUGUGCUCUGUAUGGUAAAAAUUUAUCAAGCACGUCAUCCCGAUAUAAAUGCACGAGCGCCCGUGACUUUUGGAGUAUUGGCGCUUACUUUAUUCGUUGGUUUAAUUGGUGUAUUGAACGGCACCGAUUAUUUUUGGAUCAUAUUUACAAUAAUACAUUUGAGCGUUUGUCUUGCAUUAACCGCUCAGAUUUACUAUAUGGGUCGAUGGCGACUAAACGGUGGAACAAUUCGUCGUGUUAUAAUGACAAUGAAACACGACGCACGUGCUGGUAUAAUCUAUUUGCUACGUCCUAUGUAUUGUGGACGAUUAAUAUUAUUAAUUAUAGCAAAUCUUUGCAACGUGGGUCUGGCCGUAGUUGGGAAUAUGCAUCACGAAAAGGAUUUCGCAACCUUCCUGUUGGCAAUACUAAUGUCGAACUUGAUUCUAUACACCUUUUUCUAUAUAAUAAUGAAGAUAUGCCACAAGGAACGAAUAUUAAUUAAACCAUUCAUCUACAUUUUUAUAUCCUGCCUAACUUGGGCUGCAGCUCUAUACUUCUUUAUUCGCAAAUCAAUAUCCUGGGCCCUUACGCCUGCACAAUCUCGAAUUUAUAAUAAACCUUGCGAGUUGCUUAACUUCUUUGAUUCGCAUGACAUUUGGCACUUUGUUUCUGCGUUGGCCAUGUUCUUUUCAUUUAUGGUACUACUGACAUUAGAUGACGACCUCGUCGACGUGCAUCGAAGUCAAAUUCCAGUCUUUUAG